AUGAGACCAGCCCCAGGGGAUCGUCGGCGCAUCGAUCGCGGUGUCCGCUACUUGCCCACUGGAAACGAGAUCAUCGUGCUUUGCUGGCACGAAGCAAAGGGCGGCUCGACUCCUAGUGCAAUCAUGGAAUGCGAAAGCCAGGCUCUGGACGCGUGCAAGAGAACUAUCAAUAGCCACCCAUGGCAGCCCAUGAUUUACACAUUCACGACAACGAAGACGUCAGGGAAGGCCUGGGAGUACCAUCGAUAUGCAGAAGACAUGUCUCAUUUGUUCCACGAGCAUUAUAUCGACGCAAACUCGAGCGAAGGGUACAGGCUCCGGAAAUGCUUCGACCGAAUGAAAGGAUUUCCCCCUGUUAUCCCAGCAGAAGCCCCCAAUUCGAGCAUUCCAAGUAAGCCUAAUUCGGUCCUGACAUUGGUCGAUCCUGCAGAAGUCCCGACGCAGUUUCCUCAUACCACAGUGCCGGUCCUAUCCAGCAACCCUCUCUUUCCACGCGUCGAGACUUGCCCCGACCCACGAACCCCCCAGGCAGGCAGCACCUUGAGCACUUCAUCGUUGAACAUGGAUGACUUCACCGAAGUCACGGCGAGGCGAACCACCGCAAAUCCGAAGGUUUUGAUCUACCAGACGGCAGAUGGAUGGAAGGCAAUGGGACCGUUUGGUGCGGGCAAGCGCGAUGGGGACGACAUCUUCUACUCCUGGGAGAAGCGGCUCUGGACAUAUGUCAAAGAUGUGCAGUAG